UCUUACAGGGGUGGUGGGGAGUGAGUGCGGAGAGCGUGAGAGAGAGAGGGGGGGGAGAGCGCAGUGCUUGCGUGGUGAGUGUGUGGCUUGUGUGUGGGAAGGGCGGGAGAGGCUGCGUUCCACCGGACACCCGGGAUACACGCGGCGAGGCGAACACACGGACAGACACCCCGAGUACACACACAGACUGGCUGGCUGGCUGGCACAACGCACGGGGAGCAGGGCAGGAUGACACGGCACACACGUGGGCGCGUGGACACGUACUAACGCGGACACAUAGGGCACACUCGGGGUGUUCACAGGCACUGCGCACUAGCACGUAGACGCGGAUAGACGAUCACGUGGAGCAAGGCAUGUGGACAUAGCAAGAGAGAGAAAGACACACCAACACACUGACAUCGCGCAGACACACCCACCAUACGUAGAGAUACACCGACACACCGACUUAUUAACGGGAAACAUACACGAGCAGAUACGCGAACAUAGGCACACGAAGACACGCACGCACUGACAUAUGUACAGAGUUACAUACAUGCUGCUGGGCACGUAACCGGUGACACGCGGACAACAACAACAACCGCAGUUUUCCACUCAGUGGCUGACGUCAACACGGCGCUUAAGCCAGGCUAGGUGCACUUUGAGGCCACGUGAAGUAUCGAAGCAGCGUCUCGUUGGGCCCUCGUUGCUGAGCCGGUGUGAUCGGGCCCGCUGGCCUCCCGCCCGCGUCUCGCACACCACGACCCCGUGGCCCGUGGCGUCGCGCUAUAUUUAGUCACAAGCCAUCGGAACGAACCGCAGGAGCCUCUCUCAUCCUCUGGCUCGCGAUGCGUCGCUUCAUCAUCGGCCGACCGGGGAUGACUUCCCUCGCCCUCCGUCUGCGGAGCCCUGAUUGUUGAAGCUUUGGGAGGGACCGGAUAAAGCCAAGAGAGAUCUCCGUCGAGCGAGGGGCCUAGCAUCUGCUGGGGGCAGCACCGCCAUGGCACGCAGCGCUCUGCUGGGGCUGCUGCUGCUGCUGCUCACUGCUCACCGUGGCGCUGGUCAGACUCCGGAGAGUGUCCUGGACAGCAUCGACGCCUCGACCCCGUGCUUGCUGGCGGAUGGCUCUCCGAGCCCCAUGAUGUGCGUGCUCUACAGUGCGAACGAGGACUUCAUGUGCCAUUGGUUCGCGGGGCUCGACUCGUCCGCACCCACCGCCUACAAGCUGAACUGGAGGUCGGAGCACGACUUGCCGAACAACGACACGACGUCGCCUCCGCUCGACGUGGACCCCAGCUGGGAAGACAGCCGCUUCUACGACAUGCAAGGCGACCAGCACCUGCGGAUGGCCUGCGACGAGAAGGACGGCUGCGUGGUCUGCAACCUCAGAAAAGCCCACCUCGUGGUGGGGGUGAACUGCAUUUACGAGAUGUGGGUGACGGCCAACGGCACGGCUGUAUCCAACCACCUGCAAGUCGAGCCCCAGAAUAAGAUCCUCCUUCCUCCACCGAGCGAUGUGCAACUGACUUCGGAGCGGGACGAGCCCACGCAGCUCACGGUGCAGUGGACAAAGCCCUCCUUGAUCCACAGCAAGUGCCAACUGCGCUACCGACACCAAGGGACCAGCCACUGGACCACGGUGAACGACGUGAUGGACAACGCGUCGCACUACACUGUGUACGACCUGGCGCCCGGCUCCCUCUACUGGGCCCAGCUGCGCUGCCGCCUGAUACCUGAAGGAGAAUACUGGAGCCCCUGGAGCCAGCAGCGGGUCGGACAGACACCUGACGCAGUCCCGCUAGGGGCGCCGAACGUGUGGAGGGAACUCGGCGAGCCCGACGCCCGCGGGUGGCGGGACCUCACCGUCUUGUGGAAGGAUUUCCCGGAGAAGCAGGCGCGCGGCCGCGUGCUGCACUGGCUCGUGUCGCUGCAACCGGGGAACCGGGAGACGAAGCUGGAGGCGCGGUGCCGCGGCGCGACGCUGCCCGUGCCAGCGAACGUGUUCGUCCACGUGAACGUCCGCGCCGUCAACUCGGCGGGGAGAUCGGACGCCGCGGAGCUCCGCGUCCCGGCGCUCGGCCACCCCGGGUUGUUGCCUCCACUGCAGCUGAGCGCCCACAGCCAGCCGGGACCCGAUGGACGCCCGGCGUUGCUCGUCACGUGGGCAGCCCCAGCAUGCCACCAUCACGUGGUCAAGGGCUACCUGGUGGAGUGGAGUCAAACGAGCCGCUCGACGUCGUCAUCCACGUCAUCGGAUCUUACGUCGGCGUUGCCGCCGACGCUUUCAUCGCUGCCCUCGUUAACCUCGCCUUCGAUGGCAGCAGCAGCAGCACUGACAGCGCCAUCAACGUGGAGCCCGUUGCUCACACCCAGCCUGACCAGCUGGGCCCGGCUGCCAGCUAACAGCCUCUCCUUCAACAUCACGGGGAGCCUGGAGCCCUGCGUGGGCUACGCGGUGUCGGUCCACGCGCGCUACGCCCGAGGGGAGGGGCUCCCCGCAAAGACGAUCGCCUUCGCCCGCGAAUGCCCUCCUGAUCGGGGUCCGGAGCUGGAGAUGCAGGAGGUGCAGGGCAGCAGCGCACAGCUCUCCUGGAAGGAGAUUCCUCUGGAGAAUAGGCGCGGCGUCCUCCAGGGCUACACCAUCCACUACAGCGACCCCUCGCACCUCAACAAGACGGUGGAGGUGGACGCGUCGCAGUUGAGCGUCGUGCUGCCCCACCUCCGCAGCAGCAGCGUGUACACGGUGUGGGCGAGGGCUCGCACGGCUGGCGGGGAGGGACCCGACGGCUCCUCAAUCUCCUUCAAAACCAAGCACCUGGAUGACUGGAAGGUGGUGGCCAUGGUGACUGUGGUGUGCGUGGCCGUGCUGCUGCUGGCGCUCUCCACCGCGUGCCUGUGCACGCGCUGCAGGAACUGGAUCAAGGAACACCUUUACUACCCAGACUUCAGGAAAUCUCGCGUGCUCAGAGACCUCAUGCAACAGCAGCAGUCGCAGGGUGGCCACCGCCAGUCGUCGGCGAGCGACCUGGAGACGGUGGUGUCGUCCGUGGAGGUGGUGGAGUCCGAGUCUCCUCAGCUGCUCCGCGGCAGCUGCAAGGGCGGCGGAGUGACCGGCGCGCCGACCGGCGCGGACACGCGCUCGCUCGGCGGGGAGACCAGCGGCAUCGGCAGCAGCCGCCCGUCCUCGCCCGACCGCCACACGAGCGACGAGUCCGACACGUGCUGCAGCAGCAACGCCACCAGCGUGGCCAACGUGAACGCGCUGCUGCCGCCGCCGCCGCCGUCGUCGCGACGGCGCGAGGGCCCAAGGGACGGCUCGGGGGAAGAGGAGGAGGAGGAAGAGGAGGGCGAGAGCGCGGCCCCGCGCUCGCGCUCGCACCAGCGCCUGGACGAGGGCGGGCGCCCCUUCCCGGCGCCGGGCGCCGCGUGCCCGCGCGCCCACACGUGGUCGUGCUCCAACGGCGAGGAGCCGUGCCUCCUGCCGGCCCCGCACGGCGCCCACGCCGAGCCAUACUCGCAGGUCUCCUACCGCGACCGCCGCCAGCAGCAGGGCUGCCCCGGCCGCUCGGGGCGGGAGGAGCGCGGCGAGCGCGUGGGCGGCGACGGGGGGGUCGCGUCGCGUUCGCUCGACGCCGCGGGAGACGACGACGGUAACGACGGCGACGACGACGACGACGGCGGCGGCAACAGCGGCGGCGGCGGCGGCUUCACGGACGCCUCCGUGCUGCUGCGCUCGUUCGUUGGGAAGCCGCACGGGCCGUGCGUCACGGACGGGGAGUGCCGCUGCUGCGGGAGGUCCAAGCUGGGAGGCAAGAGCGGCGGCGGCUGCGGCGGUGGGCAAGAGCAGGACGAGGCGAGCGUGGGGAGCGCGGACGAGAGGGUGCAGGCGUACUUCCCCCAACUCGUCACGGAGGCCGGGUACAUGCCCCAGUGAGACGGCGGCAGGGCCGGCGCGCGACGAGCGUGCGCUACGCUCGCCGCCACGCUGCUCGGUCAAACACUUAUUUAAUCGUUCAAGUGUGCAACGAACUUAAAAAAAAAACAAGAUUGUUUAUUGAUCGAAAUGCAGUGGACCCACAUUUUCCAUUACUCGGAGACCGUAGCAGAAGUACCAAGAGCCUAAAGGUUCAGUAAGCUGCUUUUUCACUGGCUGUAAGGGUCAUCUUGACAGAGAAAAUGGAACCGAAACAGGAACAGGUUUUUCAUUCAAUCUGUAGUUAUGGUCGAGAGCUGGCAAAAAAGAUUGCCAAUUGGCAAAUGUUCAAAUUCUUUGUGAUGGAUUAGCCAAGCACUCAAGCAACGUAUUGUUCUCAUCAAAAAUAUCCAGUCACUGACGCAACAUUUCACAAGGCGACGCAACUGCCUCGUCAUUUGCACAGAUCCUGUACAGCAACGCUUGUACGCGCCUUAGACUCUCACAAUCCUGGAUCCGUUUUUGUUUUUUCUGACAAAAUGUUUUAAAUUCACCAUUCAUUCAAGAAAAUGCUGCUGCUCUCAUGAUGAAUGCAUGUGUCUCCAGCCUCUUCGCUCCAGAGCUCCCCAGUCCUAGGUUCCCACUCAUGAACCCAGGGCCAACACUCGUCAGUCCUACAAUGUCAAGUCCUAUGAUCUCCGGCUCAAGAUGUUCAGUCCAAACAUCAAUCACCCCUCGAUGUAAAGGCUCCUAUCGUUUCGUCCAAGUUUGGUAUUCGCGCCGUUCUCAUAGCACGAGGCAAUCACAUAGUCAGCAGUGGAUUACCAGUGGGGGGCAAAGUUGAUAUCUGUAAUUGCUGAUAUCAACGUUGAUAUCUACGUUGAUAUCUGUAAUCUUCAUGGAGUAAUGGUGGUCAAUCUUUUGAUUUUGAGCAAAUGUGAACCACGACACCGGAACGCAAUGGCCUAGUCAUUCCGAAUGAUGUAAGGGGAUCUUUAAUGUCUACUGUGAAGCAGAGGGCAACGUGUUUGUCAUGGCUAAUACACCCGCAGCAAAAACCAGGGCUGCCUGCCAGAUUCGAAUCGCGAAGCUCUGCACGAGGUGGCAUGCGCGCUACCGCCGGGCUGCGUCAUCGCCCCGAGAGUCUGUGCCGCGUGUCCCACAGAGGCGAGUUCGGUAUCAGCCAGCUUCCGACUCGGCCAAAGCAGACGCACGCUUCAGCAGGGUGCUCUGCAGGUGAUUGUGAGAGCAGCCGACGUGCGGAGAAACGCGUGGAGACGUCCAGAGAGCUGUGGAUUGUUCAAUCCAAACUCCGACCGGCGUGCACGGUGUACGUCGCUCCUGGCAUACGCCAGACAUUUUACACUGUAUUUAAAUUCGUAGCAUCGGUUUCUAUCAAAUGCCGUCCGCCUGCUUUGAGGUUGGCGUUGGUGGGUCUCCGCUGGAUGGCGGCGCUGCAUACGGAGAACCCCCCCCCCCCCCCGUGUUGAGGUCCUGCACGGAGCGGUGACCAUUCUGGCGCCUUGCGUUAUGUUUGCGAUGAACGGCACUCGAGAGUCAAUCGCUGGCCGUGUGGCCAUUCGCCUCCGCGGUUAUUUGAGGAGCUGUCCAAAAUUCGGCAUCGUGCUGCCAUUCAAGAAUGUAUUCUUCUUUCUUCCGUCUCGUUUUGUAUUUCCUGUCUUGUGCUCACGGGUGUCCUGUCCUGUGUGCUCCAUCUCAUUUGUGCUGUCACAUUUUGUUCUCUCAUUUGCAUUGCCCUCUCUCAUGAGUACUGUUUUGGAUCGUGCUGUCUUUAUUUUACUGUGCAAUUACGUGAUGCUGUUGUGAUAAUUUUGUGUUUAUUGUCUAUUUUGCUCGUUCAGUCUCGUUCGUAUGGUCUAAUAUGUUCUGUCUGCCUCAUCUGUUCCAUUAGCAUGAAUGUAGCAUGGACGUAUAAUUCUUGCAUCGAAGCACGAUUUCACGGAGGUAUCAUGAGCCUUAGAGGUCAUUUGAAUUUCACAAUUCGACGUAUCCCUACGUGCCUCGAACCCACAUCCCCGCAGAGUGCAACCCACCCAACCGCGACAACAGCUGAACAAACGACAACAUAACAGCAACCAACCUGAAGAAAAUCAAGCGCUAUACAAGCGACGGCAACAGUGAACGCAACAACAAACACAACAACAAAUACAACAACAACAAGCACAUUCAGUGACGACAACGACGACGAUGAGCCGACACGGCAAGAAUUACGGGUGUUGUGGACAUUCGUGUGAGAGGCACAUUUGGGUCAUUGCUCCCACACUCUUUCAGAGGCUGCUAAACCCAUUAAUUCGAAAGGGAAUAAGUUAACGACUGCUUUCACAGAGGCUGCUGUGUGGGGGACAGCAAGGAGCGUCCGAGGAGGAGAUGGAGCUGGGCACGAGGAGGAAGGCCUCUACGGCCACAGCUGUGGCCGUAGAGGGAGGCCAUUGGGGGGGGGAGGGAGGGGGACCCCACAUUGGAUUUGUCGUCAGUCACACUGUUGUUGUAAGAGUUUAUAUUUCUUUGGCAUGUGUCGCACUCUUUAUUUUUGUAAAGAAACACAAAAACACGGGAUGCAGUCAUUUCCGUGGAUGCACAAUUGAUCGUUUUGCGAAAUGUGGCAAUUUAAACAUCGCUUUGCAACCUCUACCGGCGAGCUGACGCUCUAACGGUGUCGGCGCGUUCGACGCUCGUGCCGACCGCGUGCCGGUGACAUUUGGCCGAGGAGGGCUUCGCCGCAAGAACACGGCCCGGAUCGUGCGCGUCGCCACCGCCUCGAUGUCAAUUAUGAAUCGGAAUAUUGGCAUGGAAAAACAUACGCGUUCCGAUAGUUUUCACCGUACAACUUUAGCCGUGCAGUUUCCAAAGCCGUGAGAACGCGUUUUUUUUCGAAUUGGUGGCUAUAAACCAGUCACUGGAUACUCACUUUAAAAGGGGGUUCAUCAUUGAGAGGCCCACACUGAAGGCUCAUGUCGAGUUAAAUCAAUCAGAAUUAAGUCAUCACCAGAAACAAAGUUUGAGGAACUGUAUCGGUUUUAUGAUCAGUAGGAGACUACAAGCAGGUCAGAGGUCAGGAUUAAAAGCAGCAGCUGAGAGAUCAGGAGCUGUGGACUUCCUGUCAGAUGCGGAACUUGGAAACUUAAAUCCUCAUCAGUGAUGCCCACCCUUCCUCAAACUUUGUAGUCUUGAUUCAUCGCCGGCGCAUCUCGGUCAUAGCACACGCAUAACUUUGGAAAAUGUAGACUUCACCGUAACAAUUCUCACACAGCAAGGGUUGGAGAACGCAGCUACGGGAGCCAUUGGGUGGUCACGUUUCCACCAAAGUCUGCACACCUGAUUGACUGGCUUCUUGAUGAGAAUAAUACGAGGUCAUAGGUUACCUCCAAUGCCUCUGUGUCGCUAGUGCAAUGGAAUUGAUGCAUGCGUGAAUGUUUAACAUGCAGGUGCCGCGCAAACAGUGGGUUAGAGUUCAGGGAUGGCAGCCGUGCUGGUUGUGUCACGGCGUGUGGCUGGAUACGCAUUGCCUGCUCCUGCUGAGUUUUGCUCCUGAAGAUUUUGGAGGCCGUUAACGACUGGUGCCAGGCUUCUUGUAUCCAGAUGAUGAUGGGUCAAGCAGCUAAUCGUGAUGACUUGAUGUGGCAGACACUUGCAGAGUUGUGUAUUACAGGACACUGGUGCCUGGGGUCUAAGUAGUAAAAGACAGCAUUUACUGUAGCUAGCUACUACCCAUGAUUUGUAUUAGCACAACGAGCUCUCGUGUGACUACAGAAAAAUAAUACGCAUGAAUACAUUUGUAUUAUUUUCAAAUGGUUAUUACGCUAAAAUAUCAGAUUGUGGACGUUUCCAACAAAGGCAAACAAUUUGUUGUAUUCUGGUAUGCCUUGUUAUGUUCUGCCAAAAGCCCUUAGGAGUUGCUUAACUCAUUCUUUACGUAAUGGUCAAACGGUUCUGUCGGAUUUUUACCCUUUUCUGAUUAUGACCCAUCGCCAAAUGCAUAUAAGUGCUGGGUAGAGUCAAAUUCAAUCCUUGCACAGCACGGUCAAUUAAAUAUUUAAUUAAAUAUUAAAUGUAAAUAUUUCAUCUGUCACUACAAAGUUAUUGGAUUCCAAGAUUAAGGCGUUUUAAUGGCAGAGCUGAAAUUAAUUGUAAAAAAUAAUAAUUAUAGAAUUAAAAUUAAGGUUUUAAUGAUUUAAUUCACUCGUAACUUUAAACUGUUUUUCUAGUUUUAAAUUAAAUUACGUUUUCAUAUUCACUACCCUCUCACAGAGUUCAGAUUUAUAUAUUUUUUCAAUUUCAGUUGUACUUAAAAUGCAGCAUUUUUAUAUGUCAGUUUCAUAUCCACAACUUUUAAGAUGUUAAUAUCAUCAUCGUCCUGUAAAUGUUUUUCAGUUUCAGAUUUCGCACUUUACAACAACGCGUUGCGUGUACAGUACGCCACGUGUACAGUGUGUACAGUACGUGCACAGUACAUGCUGUGCGUACAGUACGCCAAUGUACAGUAUGUGCGGCGUGUACAGUGUGUGUACAGUACUGUUGCGCGUACAGUAUGUUCACCGUAUUUACUGCUGUGGUCUCACUUAGCCUUGAGAUGAUUUCUUGUUAAUUGUGUUUUUUGACAGAUAUGACCAGGAUAUAUAUAUAAAUAAAAGUUAUGGUCGUUAAAUUUGUAUUAUUAUAAAAUGAGGACAGUGUUCAUAUUUGUGGUCGUGGAUAUGGUCCUGAUACACAUAGGCCGACCCUUAUAGAGGUUAUCACAGGAGCUGUCUAUUACUUUACAAAGUUAUGUGCCGGGGUCGUUCCCUGCCUCCAGUGAAAAGUGUCGCUGCAGGGACCCGGCCUUCAAAGACGUUCAUCCUGUGUGGUCAUUCGUCUGCCAUCGGGGCAGAAACUCAUGCAGCUUAAUUCUGAGAAUUGUUCAUAAUAUAGGGGGGGGGGGGGGGGGGAGUGUUGGUUUAAAUCGCGUAAAUAUACUUGUAAAGGAGAGCCGACACAAAGUUGCAGGGGGUUCGUCUUUUAUUCCAUCCUUCAGUCCACACUCGUCCCCAGUCUUCUCAAUCUCGUUCCCGCCAAGAUCUCCCCUCUUCCCGCCCAUUCUCUCUCUUAUAUCUCCUCGCUUGCUCCUCCCCCUUCCCCUGUCACCGUCCCACUCCCCUCCUUUUGGUGGGAAUCCUUCCCCUGACAUCCCUUACAUACUAAAUGUGGCGUUAACCCGCCGCCACCCGACACAACCCAUUAGUAAGGUUUGUCACGUAAACAGAACAUGCCAAUUCUUUACUAGUGUAGUGUUAACGAUUCAGAGGCAGAGUUUAUAGGAGGCAUCUUUAUGAACAAAUUCCACGGUCCCGUCUACAACACCGGCCAUCUAACACUGACUGAGCUGACUGAUAUAGCCAAGUACUCUCAUUCGUAGCGCAACAUCCAGUGGAGACGUUUAGCGAAGACGGCGACGACGAGACGAGUCCACUCCCAGAACCGGCAGCCUCGAGCCCCCCGCUCUCUGCUCCUUUUAUGCUCCCAGCGCGGCCUGGCCCCGCCCUGACCGAGCCUCCCUUCUCAAACCCGCCAACCGGUUCCAGGGGCCUCCAGACGGGGUCCCACGUGACCCUUGCCCCAGUUCCUCCCUCUACCCACACACCGCGCACGCCCUCACCGGUGUGUGCGCUGUCUGUCCACCAACCGGCGCUAUUACACUACACUUGUACAGCACACCGGUGUGUUGUAAAUGUUGUGGAUUUGCUCUCCAACGCUGUACUAGUAACGAACUGGCACGUUCUGUUUACGUGACAAACCUUACGACAGUAAUUGGCUGUGUCGGGUGGUGGCGGGUUAACGACACAUUUAUAUUUACGCGAUCCAAGCCAAAAAACCUUUAUUAUGGAUGAUAUUGGUCGCGAAAGCCUGCGUGUUAAUCUGAGAAUUGUAUUGACGCGGUUACGAGCAGCGUGUGUAAAAUGUUACGUGUUAUUCGGUGUAAUGUGAUUGUGUAUCCUAAAGCAUUAAUGCACAGUCGACUAUGGGUUUGUGAUUUCUGUAGCCAAUACAUCACCAUGCUGAUAAACUAUCACUGCUUAUGAAUGUAAAUAAAUCCAAUAUUAAUUGGGCAGACUGUACCUCUAAACCUUAGCAACAACCUUUGCUUUCUCCCCCUGCUUAAGCCUGACGCACAAUUAACCUUAUUAAAUAAAAUUUAACCCUUACAUGCCUAGCUAAUUGUAGGCCCCUAAAACUAUCGCCGGCUUUGACCUUCAUUCACGUAUAUCAAACACAUACCUCGUUUUAAUGAAACAAUGUGAAUCAAAACUAAUAUUGAAGCAGAUCACAGCAACUGGGACUUGGCAUGUUUAUUGUCCGUUACGCAGUGGGGGGACCUGUUAAAGUGCAGCGUCGCGAACACAGACCCCAUCGAUGAUCACUGCUAUUUCACGAUGUGACACAUUGUCUUGUAUGUGUUUAACUUCUUUCGCACCAUACGUGGACAACCGUACUAAUCGGAGGUGCGGAGGAAGGACAACAAACUAAACACAAAAAAGAAGUUCUAAAGAAAUUAUCCAUAACAGUUUUUUGGGGGGGGGUUACGCGAUCUAACCCAAAAAAACCUUAUUAUGGAUAUUGGUCGCGAAAGCCUACACCUUAAACUAAAUAAAUUAGUUUGUCAAUCUCGAUGCUUCUUUACAAGUGCCAUAGCUCUCAGUGGCUUCCUAAUAGCGGAAGGAAGAGCGUUCUAGACGGCAACACAGAAGCUUAUCCAAAAGCGCCACGUGAUGCGGUGCCGUCCAUAUCUUGCACCACCACCACCGCCACCACCACCACCACGUGUUCCCCUCUGGUGUGUCCAUCUUCCUCCCAUCGUGGUCACGCAGUGCCGAGUCCCCCCCCCCCCCCCCCCCCCCCCCCGUGUUUGAUGGCCAGGUCCCAGAAUUUCCGCUACAACUUACAAAAAACCACACAGCAAGCAAUGCGAUGCCGAGAAUGGGGACGUGAAGCGAAGGCCUUUUUUGGGGGGGUGGGAAGGGGGGGGGAUGUGAUUUAUGAUCGCAAAUUUAAAAUGCUAAUUAAAAACAAAUCAACCUUUGACCUGUGGAAUCGGAUUGCAGAUGUAAAUUCUUGCAACGUGCGGACGAGCAUCGAUUGUGAAGCAACUGGUUGCGUGUGAAGCACGGUUCACAGACAGGCGGCCGACAGCACUCAGCGGUAAAUUUCUGAAGAUUUGCCAGCUUCAAAGCGAUAGUAUAUUUAAACUGAUCGCACGUGUAAUAGGAAAGGGGUAAACAGGCCGCUAUUUCUAAACUUCAGGAGGCGGUGAUCAAAGGCAUCCCGGGCUGCGUUGACGACGUCUUUAUUGGGGAUUCUCUCAUCGGUCGCUCGUCUCGAGCUGCUGCUGCUGCUGCUUUCGGAGGCGUCCGUCCUUGCGACGAAUGAUCCACACGCGUUGAACUGUCGCCAGCAGCACCAAACUAACAACACAGGGGCUGCGUGAACCGGGCCCUCCUACCCACAGGGUCAGAGCUAUCUUUGUCUUUAGGCUGCACAUUUCACUAUGGGGACCUCAUUUGCCAGUAAAAAUAUGAUAAUUGGUUCUUUACCCUUCUAUCUGGCAACAAAACUGACACCUUUUCUGCACAUUUCAGUUACAGAUUCUAUACUCGUUGCCCUGAUAUAGGAUUACUAUGGAGCUGAUCAUAUCAACGGGCAAAAGUGUUCCAUAGCCCUAGGCUGAGUAACAUGAACAAUGCCAUCUUAUUCCCAUCCAGCCCCCUUACGGACGCAGCUGGUGUCCACGAAAUUUUUGGCCAGGAGUCCUCGACUCUCGGGGUGAUCAUGUCCCAUCCGUUGCCGAUGUCUCCGCAAAAGUUGUUCCGUGGCGUUACUACUACUUAGCGUCGAUGGGAGCCCGCUCCCCCGUCCAUUCACUCGUUACCCGGACCUCGCGAGCCUGUGAGCCACCUUCCCUGGAGCCACGGUGGGCGAGGGGCCCUCUUGGCUACGACCGCCACUUUCAACCCCGAGGCCAAGAGGCCCCAAUCACCUCGCCAUCUACUGCCACGGUGUGGACAGUGUCAGCCUUGCAAUCUUAUCUCCCCACGCGUGUACAUAGAGUAUGAGGUCUUUAGAGUGGUCAUUCCAACGUACGGGCGGUAUAUUACGAUGAAGUCGUUAUCUAUACUCUAUAUACCGUGCUAUAUAUCCAGUGAUUAGCAACGCAUUUCUUGGACGAUUUUAAGGUUUUUUAACCGAAAUACCUUUAAGAUCACAGUAUUUUCCAUUGCCAAUUGUGCAAUCGGUUCGGCACUCUUAGCACUCAUCAGCGAGCCGCGGUUGGUGACGCGAUCGACGCCGCGAGUUACCGAUGAGAACCCCUGGCGCGCACUUAACACGAUGUCAAAUCAUCGAUAAAAUACUUCACCAAUUCCACAUUCUACUUCGUUGGCAAUAUGCAAUUUUACUCCGGAGUAAACAUUUUCAAUCAUUCAGGUCAUUUACAAUACAGAAUGUGCACGCGAAUGUGCCAGACUAAUUUCAAACAAAACGUUGGGUCGCUCCCUAUGUUCUUGUCGUUGGAUCGUCCCAACGACAUCCCAUUUUGAGUUGUUGCUUAAGUUGGUAAAGCUGUGGCUCGCCGAUGAGGCCCUUGAGCGUGAAACGGCCGCGUUACGUUCGCCAGUCGCCGAGGCCGAGACGUGGCACAGCAGAGUUUUUACGUUUCCAAUGUCAAGGAUAUAUUAUAUGGUUAAUAAUGACGUAAAUAAUUAAAUAACACUGACAAAGCUAUUAUUAGGUAAUAGAUUUCCUUAAAACAUUCACUAGUCCACAUGUUUAAAAUGCAGUUUCAGGCGUGUUAUUGUACAGUUUACAGUAUUUUGUUUGAUAGUUUAGCCACCAUUAACAUCUUUGCGAUUAUCCAUCCGUACGGAUCGUGAAACAGAUGAGGCAGCGUCACCACAAGUGGACUGUCAAGUCGAGCGCUAGAUAGCACGGAUAUCUCACUCUCAUUUCCGUUACCAAUCCUGCCUGUAUAGUACGCUAUAUAAACACACGUACAAACAUGUAAGCACAUAGAGAACGUGUUUUAUAUAUAUAUAUGCAUGUGUAUAUGUGGUAUACACGCAAAGGUGAGGGCACGCGUUUUGAGAAUUUCUGAGAAAGGUUCUGCACCUCUGAGGACAAUGUCACCCUUGCUCUUUGCCCAGUGCUGUGGUGAUGCACGGAGACACCGCAUAGCAGUAUUCAUAAAUAGCAGCCCCUUGUGGGAGAAGGGUCCUGAAGGCCUCCUUGGAAUGUGAACUCGUGCGGGCUCGGUGAUCAUCAGCCUGACAGCCGCCACAUGGCACCUCGCGUGUCUGCCACUCGGCAGGUGAGGACCAGCGAUUGAGGCUGGCAAACUUGUUACAGCAGUGGCAUAGAGCGUCGGAGAUUAGUAGAGCCGAUGGAAACAACGUUUAUUGAAACGUGUGUUUGAUGAACAAUGGCUGGUCCGUACAGGGACACAACCUGGGGUGAUCACGUGGCCUCUGUCGGUGAUCGACAUUGGAAGUUACCAACCCAAUUGGCCACAAUCAGGAGCAGCAAUGGAGGUUGCAUAUAUUUUGGCAGCUACUAUGGCUCGUAACAAUUCCCCUAAAAUUGCUUGAGUUUCUCAUGACCUUCGCAGGAUUCUAGACACGAUGUGUGUACCCUAAAGUGUAUAGCGCAUUGUAAACUGUGGGAUCACUGCAUGUGAUGUAACUUGUGCUAAGCGUCUGCUUUGUUUCCACCUGUAUAUUUAUUUAAAGUCAGAACGUGUUAACCUCAGGGCGUGACAGAGAAUGGCAUUUAAUUAUAUCCACAUGUUUGUCUAGGGACUCAAUCGUCCGAGGGUUUCGGGGUGGGGUCGAGCACACACCGUGAAGCCUUCAACCACCUUAAGAAAACAAUGUGCAAGGAGGUCCUAGGAGGUUGGAAGUGAACCUCUAAUUAAAGGAAGGCUUCGCAGGGGAAGGGGUCGAUAAGUGUCAUUCUUGCCAAAGCAAGUUUCACGCUCUCACGCACAGGCUCACACUAAAAUGCUUAUGGUGGUAGAUGGGGGAGACAUUUAUAGUAUUGUCGAUUUCCACAUUCAGCCAAAAGUGACAAAGACAAACUAUUUUAGGAGGACACCUUAACGUUUUAAAAGUUUGAGGAUUUAAAUUUGCCGGUUGGUGUGAUUUGUGAGGGAUUCAAGUAAACGCGUUGCAUUUCUCAUUUGCUCGAUGGCACUAAACGCCUCCAUUUUAAACCAACACUGGGGCCUAAAAAGUCCUGACCCUUAAAGUUAACUUUCAAAUAAGUAAAUAAAAAAGUGUCUCUAUUCUCGCACAGAUCGAAGGCUGUUGUGAGAAGAAUUAAUAAAAACAAUUUUUGCAGCCAACUUUAAAGUUUGUAUAAUUCAGCUCUUCCAUUAAAUUAAUCGUGGAUUUGGCAUCCCUAAGCCAGCUGCAAGCACUGAGGCCACACGGGAGUUUGCACUCAACAUCUUCUGCUUCGGCAGAAAUUACAACUCAUGCACAACGUUAUGAUCAUGGUUGGUGUGAUCACACUGGCAGUGACUGGUUCCACGGAGCAUAUCACUGAUCCCCAUUCCUUUAUUGAUCUAUUCAUUGGGACAACCUCCCAUUUUAAGACAGUUUCAAACGUACUCUAAAUUAUUGUCACCCUGUAUCCCCUGCUAGCUCAACAAUCUUCGCUAAGUGAAUUUUCUUCUUCACUCGAAUGCAGUGUCUGAGCUGUGAGCAGCCAACCAUUGCCAACAUAUGAAGCAAACUGAUUUUGCAGUCCUCAUGACCACACGCAAAGGGAAAACAAUAACCACUAAGCAUGGCCAAUGCCCUCAACCCGAUGUAGCUCUGCCACGGGGGAUGGUGAGAGGACUCAGGGGUGUUGGGGGGGGGCUUAGAAGCCAGGAUCUUAGAGGGAGGCUCUCACCUGCACAGAUGAGUGACAUCCUUUGAGAGGCGGUCACCGCAGGGAUUGCGCCACGGAAGAAAUACGUCUCCGCUUUGUACAGAGACGCCUAUGAGCAAACGUCGGGAUUUGAUGGGUGGAAGAAUGCUACGUUGCUACAUUGUGCCGCAUGCACACAGGCUUAAGGCACGUACGAUGUGGCUGAUUUGACCAUACAGUGCAGUAAAUAAUAGAGAUGUAUUUUACGGAACCAUUUUCUUUAUGUGUUUAAACCGUAUAGUAUUGUGUACAGUGCAUUGUGUAAUGGUUUUGACCUCAGUAUAGUGGAGUUGUGUGUUCUGUAUUAGUCAAUAAAUGUGAUGCCUACUACAGUU